CUCCAGGAUGUCAGGCCCAGUGAGUCACGGCCCGAGUCUCCUCCCGGGGGCCUUGACCGGGGGACCGAAAGUAAAGGAGGCAGGAAUCCCGAGGAACUGGUCAGAUGGAGGCCCGGGUCGAAAGCCCGCCUCCUCCUCCUCCCUCCCCUCGCCACACCCUCAAGCCUUAUAACUGCCAACAUCUGGCGGGAAGCUUCACCUGUCGCACCUGCCGGAGCUAGAGCCUUCCCUCCGUGAGCCUCAGCUCGGAGAGCCCGCGCCCCUCCGCCCCCGGCCUUCCCUCCGUGAGCCUCAGCUCGGAGAGCCCGCGCCCCUCCGCCCCCGGCCUUCCCUCCGUGAGCCUCAGCUCGGAGAGCCCGCGCCCCUCCGCCCCCGGCCUUCCCUCCGCAGAGCCGUCGGCCCCGAGCCCCUCCGCCGCGCUCCCCCGCUCGCCGCUCCCUCUCGGGCCGAGAGGAUGGGGUCCAUGGGGCUGCAGGUGAUGGGCAUCGCCCUGGCCGUGCUGGGCUGGCUGGCCUCCAUGCUGGCCUGCGCGCUGCCCAUGUGGCGCGUGACGGCCUUCAUCGGCAGCAACAUCGUGACGGCGCAGACCAUCUGGGAGGGGCUCUGGAUGAGCUGCGUGGUCCAGAGCACGGGCCAGAUGCAGUGCAAGAUGUACGACUCGCUGCUGGCCCUGCCCCAGGACCUGCAGGCCGCCAGGGCCCUGGUCAUCAUCUGCAUCAUCGUGGCGGCCCUCGGCGUGCUCCUGGCCCUGGUGGGGGGCAAGUGCACCAACUGCGUGGAGGACGAGACGUCCAAGGCCAAAACCAUGAUCGUGGCCGGCGUGGUCUUCAUCCUGGCCUGCCUCCUCCUCCUCAUCCCCACCUCGUGGACGGCCCACAACGUCAUCCGGGACUUCUACAACCCGCUGGUGGCCUCCGGGCAGAAGCGGGAGAUGGGCGCCUCCUUGUACAUCGGCUGGGCCGCCUCGGGCCUGCUCCUGCUGGGAGGGGCUCUGCUCUGCUGCAACUGCCCCCCUCGGAGCGAGAAGCCCUACUCGGCCAAGUACACCGCGGCCCGCUCUGCCCCCACCAGCAACUACGUGUAGGAAGCGCCGGGGGACACUGGACUGAAGGGGCCGGGGCGGUGCCGGAGACGUUGCCCUUCCUCACCCCCACCCCUUUCCUGGACUCUACCUGGACGGACUUUCUUUUCCAUUCUCCCUGACCCCUUGGGCCUAGCAACGGCAGAGAUGGGACGCUCUCCUGGGCAGCCGCCGGCCCAAACCCUGUGCGUCUCCCUAGGAGUUUGGGGAGGGUCAGGGGGAGUCGGUUUGGCGUGUGUGUGGGGAAUGCCACCUGUUCCGGGUGGGACGCUUCCCCAGCUCCUCCCUUCUCUCCCAAAGUCCCUCACCCGACUCCUUCUGGGGUUCCUGGAAACCUAGGGCUUCCUCUGCAGAGAAACUCGGUGGGAUUGGGCUGGCGGGUGGGAGGGAGCCCCCCCCCCUUUCCAGGGAACUGGAGCUGGUCCCGCAGUUUCCCAGAAAGAGAAAGAGGAAGAGCUGUCGGUAGAGUUGGCUGAGGAGCCAUUCUCCUGCCUGGGGGCUCCUGGAAGAGAAGAGAUGGAGCUGCUGAUCUGGCUGAGCUGGCUCAGUCUUUUGGCCAGGGGUUCUUUGUCCCUGCCCGCUGGUUCCCUCCUGGAGCUCGUGUGCUUGUGUGUGUGCACAGGUGGGCACUUGUCCUCCAACCUAUUCCCAAUCCUCCCUGAGCCCCUCUCUCCCUUUCUCCCUUUUGUGUUGCACUUUCCUCUAGGAGUAGUUGGGUCUCUGAGGAAGCGGGGAGCCCACCCACUCACUCAGACCAGCGGCUCUCCCAGCAUCUUGGAGAGACAGGGGAUGAUGGAGGGUGGCCCAGCCCCUUCCCCCAACUAGUGACAGGAGCCUCAAAGCGGGCCAACUGGUUUAGGGUGGGAGGAUUGACAGAGGGACAAACUGGUUUGGGAUGUGGGUGAGUGAGGCAGGCUCCGGUUGUCUCCUCCCUGCUCUCUCCUGUUUUCGUUUGCAAAAUUCUCAGGACAAACAAAUGGGGAGAGGGGCUUUCCAGAAUAUCUGGUCUCCCUCAACUUUUCUCUCCAUCUCAGGACAACUCAGCUUUAGAACCUGGGGGGGGGGGACAGCAGGGCCAGGCAGAAGAUGGAGAAGAUGGUCUCAAGAAGCCAAGACUUGGCCCUACCAAAGAAUUUGGGUGGGUUGGGGAGGAGUGAGUGCAGAUGAAGGGGCAUUUCUCUGUUUCCCCUUCCCCCCAUGGUUUGGGGCAGCUUUCCUGCCUAAGGAUGAUAUUUCUGUUUUGUAAUUAAAAAUAAAACCAUAAAUUGUAAUUAUUAUUUUCUACAAUAAAGUGGUCUUGUACAUGGAA